AUGUCCAAGUUUCCGGUUUCGAGGCAUCACUUUGCAAGGUAUGAAGUGAACAGUGGUGACAUUCGUGUGGCUCGUUUCCGCAAACAUGCUGCUUCGCCUGCUCACCGCACUGCUGAAAGUAUGGCCGGUGGCAAAGCGCCAGCGCUUGAGGAAAUUGGUGGUUUCUCGCCAACCAUGUCUGAAUGGAAGUCAGUCAUCUCUCACAGCAAGCCGGGUCACUGUCAAGCCGAUGUGGACGAUGCUGGAAACCGCAAAAAGGCUCACAUGAUGCGUUGGUGCUUGGCUGAAGCUCAUCGGCAAAAGCAGAGAGAGGCAAUCCAAACAGCUCUCUGCGUUUCCCUUGCCCAAGAUCAACGUGGACGCAGGUUCUUGGUCCGCUUUCGUGCAGUGGACGCUAAGUUAGCAGUGUGUUAUGGAACACUCCAGUUGGUCAAAGUAGUGGCCUCACCCAAUGCUCCCGGCGCUCAAGGUAUCAGGCAGAUGACUUUGAAGGCCCUGCAAAAUUUUUGUACGCCGUCACUUCCGCCAACUUAUGGUGGACUCUUACCAGGAGCCAAGGAGGAGAAACCGUGUGACAAUGACUUGCUGCAGGCCUUGAUGGGCAAAGUGGAAUGCAUUGCUGCCGACGCAGCUGGCGAUGAACAGCUGGCCAUGCGUGACCUUGCGGGCAUCAGUGGCCCGGACAUCGUGGAGCUCCAGGACGUGAUGGGUCAAUCUUUUCAGAACUUGAAGGUUCUUGGCAAAGACCGCGCUCACGCAGCGCAAAGAAUGUUGAGCCGCCCAUGGGCAGCUGAUCCGCAGUUGAAGGAGGUGAUUGAAGAGUUUGUGGAGAAGCCGCACUCUGUUGCCCGACUCAUCAACAAUAGCCAUGUCUUCAAAGAUUUGUACUCUGACUUCCGGCAAAAAAGUCACGAAAAGGUUCCCAUUGCCAAGAGCAUUCGUGACUUAGCUUUUGCACCGCAAAGAUACAGCUCUGAGUCCAAAGUACUUGCUCGACUGGUCUUGACUUGGGAUGCAGUCCUUGGUGUGCUCACCGCAGUUCCAGACAUGAGAGGCCGAACUUCGGCUGAAGGCGCAGCAUGCCUUGCUACCUUGCAGUUUUUGACUCCAGAAAAAGCUUUGCUUUUGAGCAUGCUUGCGGACGCGGCCCUUGAGUUGCAUAGAGUGGUGAGGGCAUUCGACACAGAUGUCUGUGAUGAGUCCGAACUUCCAUAUGAGCUUGAUCGGUAUCGAGGUGUGAUCCGGAAGCUCUUUGUUGAAGGAGCUUGCCUUCAUGUUGGUCUGACAAAGAUCAUGUUGCAGCACCUGUCGGAGCAGCGGCUGCUGAUAUCCCAAGGAUUUCGAGCCAAAUUGGGAGGAGCAGAUGCCGUCACAGAAGAGCUGAAGCGUCAGUGUUUGAAGCGCAUGUCUGCUUACGUUGCUGUGGCUGAAUCUGUGCUGGAAGGAGAAUUCCCACAUUUUCAACUGGUGUCCUCUCUGCGUGUUUUCUCCCUCUCGGAUGAAUCGAGGCUCAAGAAACAGCUGGAAAGUGGUGAGCGAGCCAAUUGUCUUGAAAAGUUGGCCCGGGCCAUUGGUGUGGAGGAGGAAUCUUUGAAAUAUGAGUUCGAACAUUUCCUACCCAUUGCCAGCAAAUAUGCCAGAAUAGAGGGCUUGGAAAAUUUUCACGCAUGGAAGAAAGCAAUUCAAUGCACAGAGAAGAAUCGCAUGGUUCAUUCCGCAGAUGCGCUCAUCCCAGCCCUUGCUCGAUUGGCCUGCUGGAGCUGCAGUUCCUCUGGUGUGGAGCGUGGGUUUUCAGCUGCGCAAGGUAGCAAGCAAUUGGGUCAAUCCCAAGACGAGAACGCUACCUUGGAAGAAGUCAUGUUGAUUUUGCAACAAGUUGUCUCGUCCCCCGAAUUUGGAGCAGGAGAAGAAAAGGAGCUGAUCUGCGCUGCCAAGAAAGUUUGGGUUGCUCAUUGCAGCCGAGUCCGGGCAAGUGGUUCACUGAAGAGAGUUCAGCGGUGGGACAAGUGCAUCCCAAGGAAAAAAUUGAAAGAUGGUGAAGCUGGUUUUCUGCAGGGCUGCGCGAUUGUCAAUGACCAGCUGGCAUCCAGCAGCUCUGCCGCCGCAAGCCUGCCCAAAACAGUGUCUUCUGCGGAUGACAUAGCCGAAGUGUUUGGGGAGAAGCAGAUGGCAGAACUCCGGUUUAACGCUGACAAAAAAAGUAAGGCCCAAAUUGAAGAAGCUUUGCUGGGUGUCAUCCAUUCAUCGGAGAUCACUGACGCUGUCCGAGCUUUGGUGGCGACCACCGCAGAGAAGCUCGCAAAGACACAACGACAAAGAAACAAUGAUCAAAAAUUGGUCCAGAGCAGAGUCAGCAACAAAGAGGCUGCAUGGUGCGACCAAGCUCCAAUCUACGUUGGCUUCUGCCCAGACGUGCAUGUUCCGGCAGAUGCCACUAUUGUCCGCGAUUUGCAUGCUGGGAGGAUCUUUGUUUGCCAAGACCCCACCAAUGUGUCCCCUACCCUACGUUUUUUUGCAGGUCUCGUGGGUGGAAUCCUUGCGUGUCCCAAGUUUGUGGAGACCAAGGGUCACUUUGGGGUGGCGUUAGCUUUCAAACCCGCGAUCAAAGUCAAGAGGAGCUUCUUCAUGACGCCUGCCUUUGUCAAUGGCAACAGAGCAUUGUGCACAGACUUGGCUGAAGUGCUGCAACUUCAGGAGUGCAACUUCCAGUUGCUGAACCGACAAGGCUUGGAUGACGCCAUCGCGAAGCUGACUGUGUCCAGGGCUCGCCAACUCAUUGUCCUUCGCAAUGACCAAAUUGAUGAAGAUUUUCCCCAAGUGCGGCUGCAGUUCACCGGCUUGAGUGAAGCUGUCGAGCACUGGGUCUUCUGCUCCGAGGACAAGUCUCGAAGUAGAUCUGGUAUUGCUGCAUCCUAUUAG